CCUGCCAUUUUAACAGGGGUGUGUAGACUUUUCAUAUCCACUGUACCUUAGAAGAAAAGAACAAGGCAUAGGCUUCGAAUCAUGGAAAGGGAAGCUUAGUCACCUGACUUAAACCCCAUUAACUGGUUUGGGAUGAACUGGGCCGAGGGGUGAAAGCCAAGCAACCUACCUGUUCAACACAUGAACUUUCUGCAAAUGUUUGGGGAGAACCUUCAGAACAAUAUUGGAUUGUAGUAAAAUGCACAAGUCUGUUUGGCUGUUAUGUAUGCAAAAGGUGGCUACUUUGAUGAGUCAAAAAAUUUGAUUAAAUUGUGUUUAACAGAAUGAUUCCAUGAUUUGUUCCAUGCUUUAUUUCAGAAUACAUUAAGACAUUAAACUGAAUGAAUUUCAACAAAAACUGGAAAGAUUGAGGUGUUAUAAAACUGGUUGUGUAUAUACAAUCACAAUCCACACAUUCCAAACCUUAGCAUUUUAGUAAUCCAGCCUGUUAACAUGCUACUCCUUGUCUCCUUCUCAAAUGGUCUGUUAAGUCACAUCAGAGUCUUUAUAUCAGAUAAUUCUAAAGAAUAAUGCUGCAUUCAUGACUCAACUGAACAAAUUAAUCAUUUAACCGUAUCAUGCGAACAUCUUAGGCCACCUGGGAAAAUGUAUAUAGUUGAAAGGCCUUUAUAACCAUUUAUAACUCAUAUAAUUUUCAAACAAUUAAACAUUAUAUUAGUGAGAAAAUCAGUUUUGAAUGAAGUCUGUAUUUUCUGUAGCCUCCAUUAAAAUUCAAAACUCAAGCAAUUCGCUUUGCUAGGUCUUAGUUGUCCUUGCAGAGUGUUUGGGAUCAUUUUUGACAAUCACCCGAAGUUGGCCAUUUCUUUUAAGAUUUCUACAUUUACGCCAGAAUUUUAUUACGUGACAACAGCAUCUUCUGUGAGUGUAAGAGUUCAGAGACCGCCAUGGCAACCUGGAAUAGAGUUGAAAACACUGCAUCGGCUGAUACUACUCAGAAACGGUAUCAGCUGACACUAAAGAAGAAGACUCUGGAUGAUAAAAAAGAAGAUGUGCCUGAAUUGAGAAGAUAUACGUAUGGAGAGAGAAAUCCCUGCACGGUCAGUAAAACUAUUCUUCUGGUGGGAGAGACCGGAUCAGGGAAGUCCACCCUGAUCAACACCAUGGUAAACUACGUCAUGGGUGUAGAGUGGGAAAACCAAGUCUGGUUUGAGAUCAUGGAACAAGAUGAAAGGAGUCUGCCUCAAAGUCGGGCUUCAUUGGUCACUGUUUAUGAUGUAUUUGGCUUUGAGGGUCUUCGAGUCCCCUACUCUCUGACCAUCGUCGACACCCCAGGAUAUGAAGACCCCAAAUGGAACAAAGAAGGCAACCGAGUUGCUGAAAAGUUGCAUCAUUUGUUCAAAUAUAAAAAUGGAAUUGGUCAAAUUGACGCAGUGUGUUUGGUAUUGAAAGCAACCGAGAAUUGUCUGAGUGAAAAGCAGAAGUGCAUUUUUGAUGAAAUUGCCACGUUAUUUGGCAAAGACAUGGAAGACAACACUGUAGUUCUCUUAACACAUUCAGACGGAGGACCAGCCACUAACGCCCUUGAGGCCCUGAAAACCGCAGACAUCAAAUGUGCCAAAGAUGAGAAGAACCAACCUGUUCAUUUCCUAGUUAACAUUGGCCCGACUGUAACUACUGCCACUGAGUUAGACAUGAAUGCUUUAAGGAAUGCACCGAACACAAACAUGGACGGUAUGGACAAAUUCUCAGAGUUCCUGGGACAAGUGACUCCUCAAGAGGUGAAGAUGACUAUAGAAUUUCUAACAGAGCAAGAACACCUCAAAGCUCCGUCACUGGAGAAGAUCCAGUUAGUGGAUGAGAAGGAUCCCCAGGCCCCUCUUCCCAGGUCUGUGAAGAGUAUAAUUCGCAGAUUUGACAGCAGAGCUAAAGAUAAACCUGCCAUGACAACAAAAACUGGGAUUUCCAUAUCGGAAACCUUUUCCCCUGGUUCUUUUUCACCAAAAACGAAACCACGUACCAUAUUUGGUGUCAAACUAGACACAACAACGCCUGGAGAAGAAGUACCUUCCAAGGAGACAAAGGAGACAAUUCGGAAUAGUGGCACAUCCUCAAAACUAGAUGACAUAAUUUCAAAAAGCGCCCUAAUCCAUGAAGGGCCCCCAAGAAGGUAUCAGCUGGUCCUCAGUCAUCCUCAGAAUAGUGGCACAUCCUCAAAACUAGAUGACAUCAUUUCAAAAAGCGCCCUAAUCCAUGAAGGGCCCCCAAGAAGGUAUCAGCUGGUACCAAAGAAACAAUGUCUGGAUGAUAAAGGUGAAGAAGAAUCGAAACUAAGAAAAUGGACCAUCGGUGAGAAAGACCCUAACAAGGUCAACAGAACUGUAUUAUUGGUUGGAGAGACAGGGGCAGGAAAAACUACUAUGAUAAACGCCAUGGUCAACUACAUCAUGGGUGUGGAGCGAGAGGACAACAUCUGGUUUGAGAUUACCAACGAGGGAAACAAAUGUCAAACUGAAAGUCAAACUUCUGAGGUCAUAGCUUAUGACAUCUUUGGGUUUGAGGGCUGUAGAGUCCCUUACUCUCUGACCAUCAUAGACACCCCAGGUUACGGAGACACCAGAGGAAUCCAAGAAGACCGUUUAAUCACUGAAAGACUGCAUGAUUUGUUCAGAUCUCCAAAGGGAAUUGAUCAAAUUGAUGCCGUGGGUUUUGUGGUGAAGGCGAGUACCAAUCGUCUGAGUGACAGGCAGAGGUACAUCUUUGAUGCAGUUUUGUCUUUAUUUGGGAAAGACAUGAAGAAUCAAAUCGUAGCUCUCAUUUCAAACUCAGAUGGAGUGCCAGCUAAGAAUGCCCUCCAGGCACUUGAAAAUGCAAAAAUCAAAUGUGCCAAAAACAAGGACAACGAACCAGUUCAUUUCCUGUUCAACAACCGGCAGACAGAGAUUGUAACAAACCAAAAAGAAGAAAGGGCCAUGAAUUUAGCCUGGGAAGUUACCAAGGAAGGCAUGGAUGAGUUUUCAGAGUUCCUGGGUAAAGUAGCUCCUCAGAAGUUGAAGAUGACUGUAGAUGUUUUGACAAAUCGUAUUCAGCUAGAAGCUUUUGUCAACAACUUACAGCAACGCAUUGAGAUGAUUGAAGGGAAGCAGGCUUUGCUCAAGCAAACUCGUGAUGAACUGAUGAAACACAAGAAGGAGAUGGAUGAAAGUCAGAACUUUGUCAUCACAGUCACUGAGAGCUACAAAGAGCGAGUCACCAUAGAAGGAAUAUUUACCAGAAAGGCAGUAUGCUGCAUAGUUUGUGAAGAGAACUGCCAUUAUCCAGGAUGCACCCUUGCCAGAAGUCCUUAUUGGUGUGAAGUCAUGAAAGAUGGUCACUGCAUGUCAUGUACUGGAAGAUGUCCUGUCUCCAACCAUGUCAGAGAAAAUUGGAGGUUUGUUCAGAGGAACCGGGAGAUUACCAAGACACAUGAUGAUAUAAAAAGGAAGUAUAGAAGUAGCUUGAGAGCUGCUGCAGAGAAAGUCGACUUGAUGGCCUGUCUGAAGAAAGAGUUGGAUGAUGCUGUGAGAGACAAAGCCAGAUUGGUGGAGGAAUCCUACCAGUGUGUUGUUGAACUAGAAGAGAUUGCCUUGAGGGGGAACUCGCUGUCUACUUAUGUCCACUUGGACUUCCUGAUUGAGAAGCUGAAGGAGAAAAGAGACAUAGAGAAGGCUGAGAAACUGGAAAGAAUGCAGAGUUGUGGUGGAGAGGGACAAAAGAAGGGGAUGGAUUAUCUAAGAACUAAACUAGGGAUUUUCUGGCAAAAAUAACAAUAGCAUAAGUCAUUAUUUCUGCCAUUGAAGAAGGAUGUACACAGGUCAAAUGCAUGCACCCUAUUGGAAACUACAGACUCUUGUGUCCAGCUCGGGAAGACAUAAUCUGGUACCUGUUUGAGGACAUUAUCAGAUGAAUCCCUUCUCCCUGGCCAGUUACCAAGCGUCAAACGGAAAUUCAAAAAGAGACACAAACAAAACUUGUUGGGUAAAGGAAACAUAUGUGUUGACUUAUGGCACAAAGGUUUUUAGUGUUCUUUAGUUUUAAAAAGUCAGUUGGCAAUUUGAAGCUUAACAUCAAAACCAUUUGCCAAGAAAAACACUUUUAUUUUCUUCUUCUUGAGUUAAUACAUAAUUUUUUACAAUGCUGCAUUGUCUAAAUUACUGUUUAUGAAAUGUUCACUGGGUCUGACGUUACAUGAUCGUGGGAUAGAAGGAGCGGUCAGGGGUUUAGGACAAAUUCUUGCAUAAUAUUAAGGUUUGUGAGUUUGUUUUUAAAGGUUAUUUACUUACAUAUCAUAUAAAAUGAAUGAAUAUUCCACUCAUAUGUGUAAAGUCAAUUAGAAAUUUGGCUAGAACUUAUUAAUAAUUUCUUAAACAAAAUUAAAAAAACAUUUAUCCA